CUUGCUUUGUGCCUUGACAGAACAUUUCAUGAAGGGAAACGCAGUCAUAAUCAAGAUUGGAUACGACGCGACUGCUUUCUUUGAUCGAGAGGGUUAUACAAUAAGCAAGCUGGCAACAUGCAUGACCAACACAAAUCACAACAGACUCCUCUGCGUAGUAGGAUGAUGCUGCAAGUUGUGACUUCGGCAUUGGUACAUGAUGCUUGAUGCAUUGUUCCAUGAUUCUUCAUGAGAGCGAGCACGCAGCGCUGUGAUCUGGAGUGAAUUACUAAAAGGACCGCCUUGUCUUCUUUCUGAUGACCGUACCGAAGAGACCCGAAUCAUCCAAAGAAAUCGUCUGACCGUCCAUAAUAUGGCGUCGGACCGAUUGCGGAGGCGGAUCGCCAACCAUGACGUUCAGUCGAACGUAACGGAAAGCUUUGUUACGAUCGGAACACCCCUCCCGUCUCUCGGCUCAAAUAGCUAUGACGCAAACGAGUACAAGCCGAUUUGGGAGCAAGAAGUGCGCGACGAGCAAGGCCGUCGGCGCUUUCACGGUGCCUUCACUGGCGGCUUCUCUGCAGGCUACUUCAACACCGUCGGUUCUAAGGAGGGAUGGAAGCCAACGACCUUCAGAAGUUCGCGCACCGAAAAGCUCGCCGCGAGUGGCGGCGGCGAGAAAGCGAAACCGAUGAGCAAGCCGGAAGAUUUUAUGGAUGAAGAAGACCUGGCCGAGUUGCGUGAAGAGCGGCAGAUCCAAAGCUCAAACCGCUACAGCGAUUCCGCAGUCGGUACCUCUGCUCCUAUUGGGCGUGACCCGCUAAGCGGCGCAGGCGAAGGAGAGCCACUUGCGGCAGCAUUUCUUGAUUCCCUCGUGCGGCCCAAGCACUCCUCCGUCGGAACCAUGAUGCUUAAGCGCAUGGGCUGGAAAGAAGGUCAUGGUCUCGGUCCUCUCAUUACCGCCAAGAGACGCCGGGAGCUACUCGCUCUUUCCCGUCCUUCUACGUCCAAAGUGACGUUAGACGACCUCGAAGGGGAGGCAGAUGGAGAGGAUGCGGAUCAUCUGCCCAUGCUCGCACGGACUGGGAAGAGACAGCUCUAUCCUCCGCCAGACACACCUCUCAAUACAAUGCUGAACAAGGAAAAUCGUCAUGGACUGGGUUAUUCUGCCGGUAGCAAGGGCAUGGAUGACGUGCUGCGGCGCGUAUACAGGGAGCGCAGGGCUCUCAGACAUGGUGAAGACCCCAUCCCUGGCGGUCCAGGUACAAGGGGCGGCGCGAAUCUCAAGCCCACAGGUCUAGGUGGUCUCGGAAACGCAUCCGACGAGGAAGAUAUGGAUGCUUUCAUGGGCAGUGUGGAGGGCGAUAUUGAAGACUGGGCGUUCGGUCACAGUCAGUUCCGCGACCAUGAACGUGGCCGUGAAAAUCGCCUUUUGCUGGGUCAGGUAUCACGCAAAGACGCUGGCAGUGUCGCUCACGCUUGCGCGCAAGGGAGCGCGGAGAUGGCAGAUGAUUACGCAACGAGGUGGCGUGACGGACGGCCCUUGCCGCCAGGUUUUAGGAGAGCUGCUCAAGUGCAGAUGCCCGACAAACGGUUCCAGCCCUUGCCGGUAUCUCCUGACUGGCAACCAGACCAGCGGCGCGUCUUAGCGAUCAUCUCGAAUGAGUCGGCCAAGGCAAGCGAGACGGCAGCUGCCGAGACGUACGCCAACAUGAAACCUGAAGACCGUGCGCGCAUACUCGGCGAAGCGCGAAUACCUGGGCCAGCCCCAUCUCUGUCUGACUAUAUUUCUUCCAAGGCACAAGAAGCGCUUCAACGCAGCCGAGAAACCGGCGACAAUGCCGCAGUCGCUGCGCCGUUGUUGGUGGCAUCUGCACAAAGCGCGGUCCAACCCUUCGCUCCAAAGCUCACCAUCCCUCCGCUCGAUCCGUCCACCGCGCUCGCUGCGAUCCGCGGCUACAUGCCAUUCGGUGCUGAUCUGUCCAAGCAAGCACGAUACCGUGCGUACCUCAAGUCGCAAGCAUUUCCCACCGACGCAUCCGUGCAGCUCGACAGCGCAGCGGUCAUUGCUGAGACACAAAUGUCCGUCGAGCAGGUCAACCGAGAGCUUGACGAAUUCGUCAAGAGUGCUGCUAUCUUCCGACCCAUGAAUGCUGCCAUGGCGAACCGCUUCCGCAGCGCAGAUAGCGCGAGCAGCGCUAAGGAGUUCGAAAGCCCCAAGCCGGGUCUGUACCAACCGCCACCGGCUGCGUCUUCCGCACCGUCGUCGUCAACUGGCAAUGCCGCCGAAGCAGAGGCGAGGAAAGCGAUAGAGGAGAGGCUCCGCGAAGAAGAGAGGCAAGCCCGCACGCCGGCGCAGAAUGCUGCGCGCGCAGGCGUGUUUGGCAAGAUGACGCGCUCCGUGGAAGAGUGGGUUCCCUCUCGUCUACUCUGCAAGCGCUUCAACGUGCCAGAUCCGCAUCCGGAUCGUACGGGUCGCGAAGCUGCUACAGGCGGAGCAGAUGCGGGAGCAGGAGCCGGCGAUAACGCGGAAGAGGAACAGCGGCCACCGCCUAGGAGACGGAAGGACCCCUUUGCGUUGACGACCGACGCUGACGACUUGCCGCGUGGCUCGGCUACGGUAACAUGGGAGGCGAACAAGCGCUCGAUCCAGGCGAUGGCCAAGGAGCGCGCCUGGCUACAAGGACAACCUUCUCCGUUUUUGGACGCAUCUUCCUCCCUAGCCGGCGGCGCUGACACAGGCAGUUCUGGAACGCCAGCGGGAGGAGCCCGUAUCACCAGCACUCCACUCGCAUCGGAUGGCGGUGGCGGCGUUCCACCAAGUUUGGAUCAGGUCGGCCUCGGUGACGACCCUACGCAAGGCCGCGACACGCUCACCUACCAGAAACCGAGCAUCGACAUAUUCAAGGCGAUCUUUGCUUCUGAUGAGGAGGACAGUGAUGAAGAAGAAGGACAAAAUACUGGCGUCGAUGCGAAAGCCGAAGUUGAAGGCGCAUCACAAGCCAAAACAGCACCCACGACGGACAAGAGCAUCGCAACCCUUUUACAGCGCGACCGGGUUGGCGAUAUUGCCGACGGAACGCCUCUGCUGAUUCGUCCAACUUUUAUCGCCAAGUCUCAGCGCGAGGCGGCUGGCAAAGCGCUUGUUGCGGAUGUUGAGGUAGGCGCGGAAGCAGCAGGGAGGAUUGAUGCGAAAAAGCGCAGGAAAGACAAGGACAAGCAGAAGGACAAGACGAAAAAGGGCAAGAGCGGGUGCCAUACACUCAGUUUCGGGAUGGAAGAGGAUGAUGGAGGCGAAGAGGAAUUCUCCCCUGCGUUUAGAAUCACAUCAAGACCAAAAGCCUCGGAUCUUUUCUAGCGUCCGAACUUUAUAAUGCAUCCUAACAACUGCUGGGGUAUUUCGUGCACUGUAUUUUUGGGCUUUGAAGCGAGGGGGUCUCGCCGCACGAGAAUCGAGAUGACGAAGGUGACGC